UCUAAACAGUUUAGUCUAAGACAUUAGGCUAUCCUGGAAUUUUUUCUGUGAAAUGUGUUUUGUAGGUAAUGGGAAGACAGAUGUAAAUAACUCACACUGAAUAUUCUCAACUCGAUUAUUGCUGCUGUUUAGGCUUAAAACGAACACACAACAGUCCUCUGUCACCCCCACCCCCACAUUUAUUCAUGAUAGAGGUCCUUACAAAGGAAACAAAAGAAGAAGAUCAGCUCCGAUUCCUUUAAACAUUACUCAACAUCACAUCAUUGCUCUCUGCCAAACUGGAGCACUGUAGAAUUCCACUGGGUUUCGUGUCUCUCAUCGUCUCUCUGCGCGUGUGUGUGUGUUCUAAGACACAGUAGUGCUUUUCACUGUUCACUCUCUUUGCAGCAUCGAAUGAGCGUGCACGCCCGUGUCUGACCCGGUUACAAGGCAGAAAGACUUCGCCAUCCCUCCAAAUUUAGGGAAGUGUCUCCUUCCUUCCUGGUGAACAUCAUGUCUGACUGCAGAAGACAGUGGAACCGGGAGGAUGAGCUUCCUGUCUACCUGGCAGGGCCGGUCACCACAGGACACAACCACCGAAAAUCCUACGGGAUGUUCAGCUCUGUGGAGGGGGCUUUUGAGAGCAAGACCAUAGACUUCGAUAACUACGCUGUGGGCAGGAAAGGGAGCCGCACCCCGAGAAAUAGGAGCACCGAGAGGAUUUUGGACAACGGUGAAAACACCAGCAAGACACCCACCCAGACCCGGCCACAAUCAGUGAGCAGCUCGCCCAGACAUGAUGCGGACAGUAGAACCAUACAUUCAUCGCCGAAAAAAGGCUCUGAUGGAGAGGGUGACAAGUUGUUAAUCAGAGGAGGACGGGUGGUCAAUGACGACCAGUCUUUCUAUGCAGAUGUCUACAUUGAGGAUGGGCUCAUCAAGGAGGUGGGCGAGAACCUGGUUGUUUCAGAUGGAGUCAAAGUGAUUGAGGCCAACGGUCGACUGGUGAUACCAGGAGGUAUAGAUGUGAACACCUGUCUGAUGAGGCCCUACCUGGGCACCAAGCCGGUUGAUGAUUUCCUGCUGGGCACCAAAGCUGCCCUUGCUGGAGGCACCACUAUGAUCAUUGACCAUGUGACCCCUGAACCUGGAGGCAGUCUGCUGGCAGCAUUUGAGCACUGGCAGGCAUAUGCAGAUAGGACUGCGUGCUGUGACUAUUCCCUGCAUGUUGACAUUCCUGAGUGGAAUGACACUGUUAAAGAUGAGUUGGAGCUGCUGGUGCAAGAGAAAGGUGUUAACUCAUUUCAAGUCUUCAUGGCCUAUAAGGAUGUGUACCAGAUGUCCAACUCCGAGCUCUAUGAGGCCUUCACUUUCCUGAAGCAGCUGGGUGCAGUGGUUUUAGUUCAUGCUGAAAAUGGAGAUCUUAUAGCCCAGGAACAAAGAAAAAUCCUUGGUUUGGGAAUCACUGGACCUGAAGGCCUUCCUCUGAGUCAUCCUGAGGAGCUGGAGGCUGAGGCAGUGUUCCGUGCAGUCACUCUGGGCAACUGUGUGAACUGCCCUGUCUACAUCACCAGGGUGAUGAGCAAGAGUGCUGCUGACAUCAUCACCCAGGCCCGCAGGAAAGGCUGUGUCGUUUUUGGCGAGCCAAUUACAGCUAGCCUAGCCACUGAUGGUUCCUACUACUGGAGCAAAAACUGGGCUAAAGCAGCCGCCUAUGUCACCUCUCCACCACUGAGUCCUGACCCCACAACUCCAGACCAUCUUCACACACUUCUUGCUUGUGGGGACCUCCAGGUGGUAGGCAGCGCUCACUGUGCGUACAGCACUUCCCAAAAGGCAAUAGGCAAAGAUGACUUCACCCUCAUCCCAGAGGGAACCAAUGGAGUGGAGGAGAGAAUGAUUUUUGUCUGGGACAAGGCUGUGGCUAUUGGGAAGAUGGAUGAAAACCAGUUCGUGGCAGUCACAUCUACCAACGCUGCCAAAAUCUUCAACCUGUACCCACGUAAGGGCAGGAUAGCAGUGGGCUCGGAUGCUGACGUCGUCAUCUGGGAUCCUGACAGUGUGAAAACCAUCACAGCCAAGAACCAGCAUUCGGCUGCAGAGUAUAAUAUCUUUGAGGGUUUGGAGUGUCACGGAGGUCCAGCGCUGGUGUUAAGUCAAGGUAAAGUGGUGUACAAAGACGGCAAGCUGGAAGCUGAACAGGGCACCGGUCGUUUUAUUCCACGCAAGGCCUUUCCUGACUUUGCUUAUCAGCGUCUGAAGUUCAGGAACCAGAUGAAGCAGGGAGUCACUCGUGGGAUGUACGACGGCCCUGUGUGCGAAGUGGCUGACAUCCCCAAAUACAUCACUCCUUCUCCAUCAGCCAAAACCUCCCCCGCCACUAACCAACCCCCAGCAAUACGCAAUCUACACCAGUCCAACUUCAGCCUGUCAGGCGCACAGACAGAUGACAAUGUACCACGUCGGUCUAGUCACCGCAUGAUGGCACCCCCUGGUGGUCGCUCCAACAUCACCAGCCUUGGUUGAAUGUUGUGUAUUGUAGGGAUGAGUGUCUGACCAACACGAAUGGUUUCCCUGUGUUUAUGUGACAGUGUUUUGAUCCUCUUAGGUUUUGUGAUAUUUUCCCACAGAAAAGUAUGUUUAAUCUAUAAAAUAUAUAAGAGCGAGAGAUACAAUCAGAUUUAUGAGAGAGAGAGAGAGAUAGAGAGAGAGAGAGACUCCUGGUCACACACUCACCUUCCACAGAGCACGACUUAACAAGAUAACAUGUCUUACCAUAUACAGUAGGUCUGAUCAGAUAUGGUGCUCCUUUCUACAUGUCAUAAUGAACAGCUG